AUGAACUACUUUUGCAUCGCUGCUGUUUUCAAUUUGGUCUGGGUUGCGGUGUGUGGGUCGCUACUCCCAUCAAACGUCAACGCUCGCGCGGACCAUGGAAAAAAAGAUGCAGCGGGGUAUUUUGCUGUGACGUUCAAGACAACCGAGGAAAAGAUCUUCGGACACAUUGCCGAGGUUGGCCACGAGACUAGCUUCACGGACAUCAACGGGGGUCGACCGAUCCUCACUGCUACGAAAGGCACUCGAGGAGUCAGAGAUCCUUUCAUCGUCACCUCGCCAACACAUGAUAGAUUCUGGAUCAUCGGGACGGAUCUGAAUGCUUCCGCUAUCAAUCAGAACUUCACCCAGGCCAGACACUACGGGUCGACAUCUCUCCACAUCUGGGAAUCGUCCGAUCUAGUCCAUUGGUCAGAUGAACGCCUGGUAAAAGUCAUGCCAGAUUCCCUGCAGGCAGGCAUGGUUUGGGCACCCAGCGCCGUCUAUGACUCGGCCCGUGACAUGCAUGCCGUCUUCUGGUCCAGCAAGACAUUCCCAGUCAGCGACCCUGGCCACCUCACCAACGGCUCCCUGGACCAAAUCUGGUAUUCGCACACGCGCGAUUUCGUUGACUUUUCUGCCCCCAAAGUCUGGGCGUCUUCGAACGUUGGCCUUAUCGACCAGGAGAUCUUGACGACAGCUCAGCCCGACACGUUCUAUCGCUUCCUCAAGGAUGAGAAUGUGACCGAAGUCUACGCAGAGAAGAGCACCACCGGACUCUUCGGCGAGUGGACCAGACUCGGCAAGGCCGUCGUCGAUGGUCGUCGUGAAGGUCCAGCUACCUACAGAGAUAUCCGCCGUCCCUCGCGUACCUAUCUCUGGGUGGACAAUUACAACUCGACCAUUCCGGGCUACGAAGCCUACUAUUCGGACGACAUCGACUCGAAUGUUUGGACGUCUGCUACUCCAAGUCUGACACCAGCAACCAUGAGGCAUGGAGCCAUCAUUCCCGUAUCCAAACGCCACUUCUCACGUCUCCAAAACCAGGCUUGA